AUGGCCCCGUGGAGCCGAGAGGCGGUGCUGAGUCUCUAUCGGGCUCUGCUGCGCCAGGGCCAAGAGCUUCGAUACACUGAUCAAGACUUUGCCUCCAUCCGCCAUGAGUUCCAGAAAAAUCAGAAGCUGGAGGAUCCUGAGGCCUGGGAGAAGCAGCUGGAGAAGGACCUUGUCUUCCUCCACAGCAAACUAGGGGGACUUAUUUAG